AACUAUGAAAAGAACAACAACAGCAACAGCAACAAUACUAACAACAACAGCACAAACAACAUCAUGUUAGCUGCUGUGCCAGAGGAGCCCAGCCAUUCGAGCCCCACAACGGUUCAAGAUCUAAUCAGCUUUGAGGAUGAUGAACCCAUUGAACCACAAAAUGCCAGCUUAACCAAUGCAGCAGCAGCAACAGCAACAACAGCGGCAACAACAACAACAACAACAACUAGCAACAACUGUGAUAAGCAACAACAAGUGGAUCUGCUCUGUGCGCCCAACGAUGUGACCGGGCUGCUAUCAACGCUGCUAGUGACGCCGCCACCAACGCCGCCCAAGCCCAAUUCGCCAGGCUCGAAUAGUUCCAGUCGGAAGACAAGCUUUGAUUCCACCUGCACGGUCAGCUCGCUGGACUCGGGCUUUAUGGAGAUGCAGAACAAAUUGGACGCGUUGGCUGCCGCGGCGGCUGUUGCUGCUGCCGGCGGUGAGAAGAUCGCGCGACGCAACUACAAGGAAUGCCUGACGCAGUCGCGCAAUCGCCGCAAAUCCUAUGAAGAGUUCAAAGCCAUGUUUGCCGAGGUGACGCAGCCGGAAGCGCUGGCGCGGCUCACACGGCGACGCUGCGGUGCCAUGCAGGAGCAACUGCAGCAGCAACAGCAGCAACUGCAACAACAGCAGCAACAAGUGGUUGCAAGUGUUGAGCUGGCAGCGGCGGCGGCCAUGCCCGUGGCGGCAGAUGACGCAACGCCAGCAGCAGCAACAGCAGCAACAACAACAGCAACAACAACUACAACAAACAGCAAUAACAGCGUGUUGACAACGCUCGCCUCAAUAUCAGAACAAGAAACCACAAACAACAACAACAACAGCAAACCGGAUUGCGCAAACGAGUUUGCGGAUGAAAUGGAUACCGGCGACGACUUAACAACAACAACAAUAGCAACGGCGACAGCAACUGUUGCCACCGCCGCCGCCACCACAGAAGCAAUGCGCAAGAAUUCCGAUUUUCUAUCGCAAAUACUUGAUCAACAGUUGGCGGCCAAGGAGCAGCGGGCCAAGGCGCACAAACGACGGACAUCGUACGAGGAGUUCAAGCGUCUUGUGCGCGAAAUCGAUGCCAGCAACAGCGACAUGGAGCAGCAAGCGCUGGAAUGUCAGCUGGACACACCCACAGCAAUAGCAACAGCAGCAACAAUAACAGCAGCAGCAGCAGCAACAUCCCCGCUUAAGCGUCAGAAUUCGAGACAGCGCAAAAGUUUUGCCUCCUACUUUCUGCCGCGUCGCAACUCGGCAGCCAAAGAGCCAAAGACUGAGCAAAUUGAACUGGCAGCUCCAGAGCAACAGCAACAGUUGCAAUCGUAUGCGAAAAUGGCGAGCAGGAAAGACAGCUGCAGCUCCAGCGUGAGCUCCAGUGCCAGCUAUAAGCGUAACUUUAAAAUCUAUGAUAAGCUCAUCUAUGGCACCAUCUAUGACAUAAUACAGCGCAAGAAUGAUAUCUAUCAGUUUACCUAUCAGAAGUACGACAAAUACAUGACCUAUGGCACCAUCUAUGAGAUACUGCAUCGCAAAGCAACGCCCAUGCAGGGAAGCAACUCGCUGACCACAGGCAGCGCCGACAAAUGGCAGCGCAAGAGUCUCAGCUCCAUACUAGAACGCGACACGGCAGCAACAUGCACAGCAGCAGCAACAACAGUUGCUGCAGCAACAACAACAACGGCGCUGCAAAUGCAUAAAUCAAAUGAUGUGAUUUAUGAUAUAAUACAAAAGCAGCAGCAAAAGCGCGAAAAAGAACGUCAAGAGCAAAAGCUGAAACAACAGCAGCAGCAGCAACAGCAACAAUUGCUGCAACAGGAUGCAGCAACAGACGCUGCCACAAAUUUGGGCACGCAUGUCACGCACAAAUAUGGCACAAUUUAUGACAUCCUACAAGGAGAGAAAUUGGAAACCAGCGAGGAGGCAGCCAACACGAAACCAGUUGCUGCUACAACGCGUUUCGUGGUCAGCCAUGUGGACGAACAGCAGCAACUGCAACAGCAGCACCAACAACAUGCCGCCGACAGCAGCAAUGUUGUCGCUGCGGCCGACACGAAGUGCAGUAAAAUGCGACGCUUGUCGAAUAUUCUAAGCUACAACAAAUCAGGCAGCAACCAAACGCCGCAGGAUGCCGCCAGCAACGACAACAGCGAACAGCAGCAGCAACAGCAACAGCUGCUGGCUAAACGCAGCCAGGCCAAGCGUCGCGUGGGCGUUAGCAAUCUGCUGCUGCCGCUGGACUCCGAGGAGCUGUACACGCGCAUUAUAGCGCAGCAGCGAUGCGCGGGCAGCAACAGCACCAGCUGCGGCAGCAGCAACAGCUCGGGCAGCGAUGCCGACUGUCAGGUGGCGCUGACGAAAUCCAAUUCCUUAGAUGCCAUAUCCAUGUCCGUGGCCAUUUCGCCGCCAGCCACGCCCUCGCCGCCACGCCCGCGUCGCAGUCUCAAGCAGCACAAAUGCCUGCAGCAGCAACAGCUCCAGCAGCAGCCGCAGCAGUUGAUGAAGAAGCAUUCGCUGGACAAUUGCCUGGCGGCGCCCAAACAACCGCAACGUCGCUGGUCGAAUCAAACGCUGCUCAAAUGCACCUGCCACAGGCUCGACGAGCUCAGCCAUCGGCCCGGCCAUAGCCAUAGCCAUUGCACUUGCCCAACGCCCACAAUAGUCAGCCCGCACCCGCAACCGCCCCCACCGCCGCCGCCGCCGCCGUCGUCGUCGUCUCAUGGAUUGUCUGUCAUUGAGAAGUGCCGCUCGCUGCCCGCCGCCUGCUCACAUACGUGCGUAAAUUUAAGCCCCGGCUGUGCCGAUGCGGCGGCCAAGUCUAACACGAAAACUACAACAACGACAACGACAACAACAACAACAACAACACAGCUAACAACGUUGACUGUCAAGAAAGGCAAAUCGCGUCGACUUUCGGAAUUUACGCGUGGUGAAUUUUUAAAUGAAAAAUCUUGGUACUUCCGCAAAAUCAAACGCAUUGAGGCUGAGAAAAAAUUGCUACUGCCGGAGAACGAGCACGGCGCAUUUUUAAUACGCGAUUCCGAGAGCCGUCACAAUGACUACUCGCUAUCAGUUCGCGAUGGCGAUACGGUUAAACAUUACCGCAUCAGACAAUUGGAUGAGGGCGGCUUCUUCAUUGCCAGACGCACAACAUUCAGAACCCUACAAGAGCUUGUCGAGCACUAUUCCAAGGAUUCGGAUGGCCUGUGCGUCAAUCUUUGCAAACCCUGUGUACAGACAAAUACAUUUACGGGUAUUUUUGAGAUUGAAAAACCUGUCACCGAGGGUUUAUCGCAUCGAACACGCGAUCAAUGGGAAAUCGACAGAACUUCGUUGAAAUUCGUACGCAAAUUGGGCUCCGGACAGUUUGGCGAUGUCUGGGAGGGUCUAUGGAAUAAUACAACGCCCGUGGCCAUCAAAACUCUCAAGUCGGGCACAAUGGAUCCCAAGGACUUCUUGGCCGAGGCUCAGAUAAUGAAGAAACUGCGCCACACCAAGCUCAUACAGCUAUAUGCGGUCUGCACCGUCGAGGAGCCCAUCUAUAUUAUAACAGAGCUCAUGAAGCAUGGUUCCCUAUUGGAAUAUCUGCAAGCAAUUGCAGGCAAAUGUCGUAGCAUCAAAAUGCAAACGCUGAUCGAUAUGGCUGCCCAAAUAGCCGCUGGCAUGGCCUAUUUGGAAUCGCAGAACUAUAUACACAGAGAUUUGGCGGCGCGUAAUGUGCUCGUUGGCGAUGGGAAUAUCGUAAAGAUUGCCGAUUUCGGUUUGGCACGACUCAUCAAGGAGGAUGAAUACGAGGCACGCGUGGGCGCACGCUUCCCCAUUAAAUGGACAGCGCCGGAGGCGGCCAAUUAUAGUAAAUUCUCUAUUAAAUCGGAUGUGUGGAGCUUUGGCAUUUUACUCACCGAACUGGUCACCUACGGACGCAUACCCUAUCCAGGCAUGACCAAUGCCGAAGUAUUAACCCAGGUGGAGCACGGCUAUCGUAUGCCCAUGCCGCCCAAUUGUGAACAGCGUCUGUACGAGAUUAUGCUGGAGUGCUGGCAUAAGGAUCCGAUGCGCAGACCCACGUUCGAAACAUUGCAAUGGAAGCUCGAGGACUUCUAUACAUCCGAUCAGAGUGACUAUAAGGAGGCGCAGGCCUACUGAUAAAUGCUUUAUGCGCCCGCUGCCAAACAUUGGCAAACUGGCUGCAACAAGGUGGCGCCCGGCUCUGCAGCCAGCCAAGCGGAGCAGACCAACAACAGCAACAACAACAACAAGAAGAAGAAGAACGAAACAUGAAGCAACAUUGCGCCGUACAACAGCAACCCAAAACGGACAAUUCUUAUUUAGUUACUUAUUUCAGUUUUGCACAGAUUUUCUAUGGCAUCAUAAAGAAACAAAGGAAAGGCAAAUAUGUAAUCCCACGCUCCACCAAGAGCUGAGUGUACGUCUAGGUAUCAAUAUAUAUAUAUAUAUAUAUAUUGAUAUAUCUAUAUAUAUAUACAAACAUAUAUAAAUAUAUAGGAAUUACAUGUUAUUAGCGUUUAAGGCAGGCGGAUUUUAGUGUUUAGGGCAGGCGGAUUGCAGUGUGCUAAGAAUGAAAGUACAUAUAUAUAUAUAUAUAUAUAUAUUAUAUGUAUGUGUAUUAAUAAUAUUUGU